AUCAUCAUCGGCUCUACACACACACACCCAUGAUGACUGACUGACUUCUGCCACACCAAAGAUCACCGUACCCGGUUUGUGCUCGCUGUAAACACUGACGGAAGGGAGGCUUGAGGGGUUCGGUCCGGUUCUGAGGGCAUUAUCCGGGAUGAGGCUGCAGUAACGGCAGGGAAGAGGAAUCUUCCCGAGAGUCCCUGUGUGUCUGAUUACCUUUAGCUGAACCUGCAGACACAAAGGCACAGGUGCACACGGGCCGGUACAUGGUCUUCUCUCGAACACACUCCCACCCUGACCCCUCACUUCAGUGACCUUCAGCUCCUCCCUGACCCGACCCAUAAACCCCACGACUGUCCUCAGCGCGAGCCGAACAGUAGCCGAUAGCAUGGCCACAGCCAAGCCCAAAGGCCAGAACUCACUGGCGCUGCACAAGGUGAUCAUGGUCGGCAGCGGCGGUGUGGGAAAGUCGGCGUUAACUUUGCAGUUCAUGUACGAUGAGUUCGUGGAGGACUACGAGCCCACGAAGGCGGACAGCUACAGGAAGAAGGUGGUUCUGGACGGGGAGGAAGUGCAGAUAGAUAUUCUGGACACAGCCGGGCAGGAGGACUACGCUGCGAUCCGGGACAAUUACUUCAGGAGCGGAGAGGGCUUCCUCUGCGUCUUCUCCAUCACUGAACUGGAGUCGUUUGCUGCGACUGCUGACUUCAGAGAGCAGAUCCUGCGUGUGAAAGAAGACGAGAACGUGCCGUUCCUGCUGGUGGGAAAUAAGUCUGACCUGGAGGACCGGAGACAGGUGAGCGCGGACGAGGCCAAAGCCCGAGCGGAUCAGUGGGGUGUGUGUUACGUGGAGACGUCUGCCAAGACCCGCGCCAACGUAGACAAGGUUUUCUUCGACCUCAUGAGGGAGAUCCGUGCGAGGAAGAUGGAAGACAGCAAGGAAAAGAACGGGAAGAAGAAGAGGAAAAGUCUGGCUAAACGAAUCCGCGAAAGAUGUUGCAUUUUAUAGUGUGUGUGACCCUCCACUCUCUCUCUUUUGCAUAUACUGUACAUGUACUGUACGUUCUGUGUUUCCCUGUCGCUAACUCAUCCUCUGCAGUGCUUGCUGGUGUUUGUGUGUCAGAUGUAGACCAGGACCGGAGUCUCUCUAGUGUCAAAUCACUCAUAUUGUCCAAAAGCACAGGACGCAAGAGCUUUUCUUCGUUUUCUUCAUGCGUCAGAUUUGUUUCCCCAGUUCCCAGGCCAGCGUGUGUUUGAACAUCAGCCUCGGGUGAUCCGAUCGAGACACUAAAUGCAGGUGAAAUGUUGUGAUUCAAUCACUUUCGGGUCAGUUUGAGUGUUUAAAUGUUUCUCUUCUGCUCACCAAGGCUGCAUUUAUUCGAUUACAGUUAUUUUGUGAAAUAUUACAAUUCUAAAUGGUCAGUUU